AACUCAGGAACAAGGCAAGUAGAGUAGCCGCUUACUGUUGCUGUUUUACUUCCCUAAACCUCCCCAGCCUCAACAGAUCUCUCUCAAAUCCAACCGUUCAAACUCUCCCAUCAACGGUCCACCAGCCAUCCCUACCUCCUAGUAACUAGACAUGGCCCCAGGAGCUCCGAUCGGCGUCUUUGCAGACACCGGGAAGAUUGCAGCCCCUAAAGCCGGCUACUCAAAACGGGCCUACGUUACGUUCCUUGCCGGCACCGGCGAUUACGUGAAAGGUGUCGUCGGACUAGCCAAAGGGCUGAGAAAGGUGAAGAGCGCGUAUCCAUUAGUGGUGGCGAUGUUGCCCGACGUGCCGGAGGAGCACCGGCAGAUCCUACGGUCCCAAGGCUGCAUCCUACGUGAGAUCGUGCCCAUCCAUCCACCUGAGAACCAGAUCCAAUUCGCCAUGGCUUAUUACGUUAUCAACUACUCCAAACUACGCAUAUGGAAUUUUGAGGAGUAUAGCAAGAUGGUUUAUCUGGAUGCGGAUAUCCAAGUAUACGAGAACAUAGACCAUCUAUUCGAUGGACCCGACGGGUACUUCUACGCAGUGAUGGAUUGUUUCUGUGAGAAGACGUGGAGCCACUCGCGCCAGUUCUCAAUCGGGUAUUGCCAACAGUGCCCCGAUAAGGUGACAUGGCCCACCGAGAUGGGCGCUCCUCCUUCUCUCUACUUCAAUGCUGGGAUGUUUGUGUUCGAGCCAAGUCGCUUAACGUACGAUAACCUACUCGAGAAACUACAAAUCACUCCUCCAACACCCUUUGCAGAGCAGGAUUUCCUGAACAUGUUCUUCCAAGACACGUACAAGCCAAUCCCUCUGGUGUACAACCUUGUCUUAGCCAUGCUAUGGCGCCACCCCGAAAACGUCGAGCUCGAAAAGGUCAAGGUGGUUCACUACUGUGCUGCUGGAUCCAAGCCAUGGAGGUAUACUGGCAAAGAAGCUAAUAUGCAGAGGGAGGAUAUCAAGAUGCUAGUUGCAAAAUGGUGGGACAUCUACAACGACGAGUCAUUGGAUUUCAAGGCCGAUGGCCCAGUUCCGGAGGGUGAGAGCUACUCCACGCCAUCGAUCAUGGCCGCCAUGCCGGAGCCGAUGGUUUCCUACAUCCCUGCACCUUCAGCUGCUUAAGGGCUAUUAGAGAGUGUUUUAAAGAUGGUGUUAUCCUAAUUGUAAUAUAAGUGUCCCAUGUUUGGAAACCUUCCUCCCUUCUACUGUGAGAUUACAUUUCACAGGUAUAUAUGAAUUCCAAAGGGUUAUCUUCUUGUUA